AUGAACAACUAUUCGGUUAUUAAAUAUUGUUCUCUAUAUGAAUCUGAUUCAAGAGUUACGUUCUGCGAACCUUCUGGAAGAACCGUUGUGUUCGAGAAGAAUAACCUCAAGGUAUCUGUCCAUGAUUAUUCGACAGAUGAUACUGAAUCAAAGUUUCUGUUCAACUGCUACGGCAUUUUGGGUUCCAUAACCUUCAUGAACCUUAAGUAUCUGAUAGUGGUGACUCGAGCUACAUUGUGCGGAAGGUUGUUUUUGGAACACGAUGUUUACUCAAUUAACUCAAAGAAGCUGAUCCCGCUUUUUUACCCAGUAAACCUUAGCUCAAGAGAGCGAGAGUUUCUUCGACUUUUCAACGACUUUGACACUUCAAGCAACUUUUACUUCAGUUACACAUACAACCUCGCAAACACACUCCAGCUAAAUCUUAGCUAUAAAUCAUUGCUGUCAGAGAAAACAAAAUUAAUCUCGGGAGAAAAUGACUGGAUGGCAUUUGACCCAGCACUUGUGGACCAAAAAUACUGUUAUAAUUUUAACCACAAAAUUGAUCUUUGCAGUAUUGACGAACACUGUUUUGGUUUAUCUCUCCUAGUAAUUCACGGGUAUUUCUCAGAGUCGAUGCUAAGCCUUAGUGGUCGCAAUGUAACAUAUACGCUAAUAUCAAGGAGGUCCCGGUUUUACUCAGGAACAAGGUACAGGAAGCGUGGAAUUACGGGAAGUGGACAAGUGGCAAAUGACGUUGAAACUGAACAAACGCUACACGAUUGGUCAAUGACGCGUUCAGUCUCGUCCUUUGUACUGGUUAGGGGAUCGAUUCCAACUUUCUGGUCCCAAGACCCCAGUGAAUCGUUCCUAAAGAAGCCGCCAAUCAUAUACCCACAAAACGACCCGACGAAUUCUAGCGUUAGGAGCCAUUUUAUGGAACUUUUAAGCUGUUACGGAGGCCCACUUGUUGUUCUGGAUCUUUUGUCAGAUAACCCAACCACUGAGGAAGGUCAGCUAUCAGAUCGUUACAGACGAAUAAUUGAAGAGUUGAAUACUGAGCUGCCGAGUUUUCUUAAGAUUAUCUAUUACUCAAAGAACAUCAAAUCAUUGCUUGAAAAGGGGGUUGCUAAGCAAAUGGUAAAGGACGUGGUUGAAACGGUGGUGAAUACUCUCAAGUUAACGUACUUGUCCUCAUUCAACUCAAAUUCCUUAAAUUAUACUAAUCUUAUAAAUCCACAAACCUAUUCAAAUGAUAUGAUAAUACAAAAGGGUGUUAUUAGAAUUAGUUGUCUGGACUGUUUGGAUAGGACUAGUGCAUUUUCUAAACACCUAUCACUCAGGAUGCUAAAGUAUCAACUUGAACUUAUUGGGAUCAGGGUCAACUAUGAAUUAUCUACUUAUUUCACAAAUUAUUCACCAAUACAAAACCUUUCCUUUAACGAGAACUAUGUCCAGAACCUUCACCAGAAUAGAGGUAGUUUGUCAAAUUCUAGUGCUUCAUUUUCCUCAAAUAGUAUGUCCUCAAGAAGUUCCUCGAGUCUUGACCUAAAAUUUAUCAGAGAUGGAAUUAGCUCAAUUGGCGAUGUGGUUGUGGUUGAUAAAGAUGAGGGAAUAAUAGUCAGCGACUACUUUGGAUUCAACAACGUUAAGGGCUUGAUGUUUGAGAUCGUUAAGGACCGCUACGAGGAGAUGUGCGAUGUUUUAUCAAUGCAGUAUGCGGGUAGUAAGGCCCUUAGGAAGUAUGAAGGCCAUAUCAGUGCAAUUAACAUUUCGAGAGAACUCUUUACCAAUGUGAGAAGAAGGUACAGGAAUUACUUUGAGGACACUAGGAUUCAAGAACAAACCAAUGCAUUUCUGUGGUCUGAAUUUAUUUCAUAUUACUCACAGGUCUGCCCCAACAUUGAACAGUAUGAUCUGGAUGACAUUAUUCACUUUAAGCCCAUAAAUAUGCAGUUUAACACCAUAGACUCUUUUGUACUGGCUCUGGUAGUCUUCAAUAAGCGGAUUUCCAAGUUAUCUAACCAUAAUACACUUUGCGCUACCAAUGUGCUUGACGAGGAUCUCAACUACUUGAUAUAUACUAGGUUUUUUGAUCUAGUUUCAGAAAACACUUCUGCCAUAACUAAGGAACUUGACUCCACACAAGAUAAUUCUGAUCAUAUUUGUGAUUAUUCACUGGAUGGCACUUUAAUGUCUGAAAGGACCGAUGUGUUGAAUAAAGUUAUGUUCAAUUAUCUCACUUUGGACUAUCAAUUACAGGAUGGGUACACUUUCCUCUCAAAGUACAAACCUGCUGGCAAAAUAAUUCCCCUCGAUAACUGUCCUUCUCUAGAUUACAGCUCAGAUAUUCUAAUAACUCCCUUUGUUUCACCGAUUAUUCCAGAACACCCAGUUGAGGAAGUUGAACAGGUUCAGGAUCUGAAUUUGCAGGACAACUCUUCAGAUUUCAUUAACUUUUUAGCUCCUCUGGCCCAUUAUGACCCCAGUCACUGGACCUUGAACAUUAAAUCUAACAUAAACUCCCUAAGCAAUUUCAUCAAUGUAACAAUUUAA